AUGACAAGUCUUUUGAAUGAAAAUCCCAUCACGUCCAUCACGACCAAUGCAUUGAAUUCUUCACAAGUAUUGCAAUUACAAUCCAAUCAUAGCGGUGUCAGUUUUAUUCUCAUUCUUGAUGGUUGUGUAUUUUUAUUGGGAUUAUUGAUUUUAUUUUGUUGUCUUCAAAAUUUAAGAUUAUGGAAGAAGAAGAAGCAACCAUCGUUGAGUAGCAGCAGCAGUGGUACAUCAUCACCCAAUUUAUCCUCUCCAUCCUCCACUUCACAAAAUGUUCUCUAUCGCUUCUUUUAUCGACUCUAUUCUUGGUUAUUCCUUGAAAGUGAAUAUGUGAAAAUUGGAAAAUUAUAUGGACAAGAAGUGAGCGUGUAUUUGUGGUAUCAACAUCAAUUCAUUUUGUUUUUUGGAUUUGCGACAGUUGUUGGGCUAAGUUGUUUGUUACCAUUGCAUUUGACAGGAACGCCUACCAUUGUCAAUUCAAGUCUUGUGAAUACGACUCAAAUUGAGACCUCUUCGUUUCUGUAUCGAACCAGUGUGAAUAUGGUCUUGUCACUUCCUGAUCGAAUGUAUGCCCAUGUGAUCUUGUUUUAUGCUUUUUCACUCUUGAUAUUGUUUUUAUUGUACCGAUUUUCUUCAUCCAAGUUUGUGACACAAUAUAUUAACAUGGAUGGUGGAGGAGGAACUUGUGACACUGGAUCAUCAUCCUCUACUACUACUACUACUACUAGUGGUCACACGAACCAUGAAUCAAUUGGAGCGAAUAAUAGUGACGAGCGACUAUUGAAUGUGUCGAGUACUCCCUCUGGCUACGGAUCGACCUACAGCAUGGUCAGCAAUUACAGCGUUCUUGUGAAGGAUCUUCCAGUAGAGUGCACUGAUAACAUGAAAUUUAGAAAAGCCGUUGAAAGUGCAUUCCCGAACAUGAGAAUUUAUUCAUGUCGAUUAAUUCAUGACACGAGUGAACGAAUCAAAAUUGAAGAGGAAUAUCAAAACGCUCUCCAACAUAUCAAACACUAUGAAUAUGUGAAAAAUGAAACGAACAAGCAUGUGAAAUUGAUCAAAUUGUUUGAAUCAAGCUCCAAGAAAGCCAAUUGCUGUUCAAAAAUUGUUGAGAGAGUAGACGCUUUGAAUUAUUGGUAUGAUCAGAAAGAAAAAUUAGAACAACAGAUUUCUGAUUGGGAACACACAUUUGAGAUGAUGCCAAAAGCAACUGGAUAUGGUCAUAUCAUUUUUAAAUCCAUUCAUGAUGCCUCGGAGUGCAAAGCUCAAUCCAUGAAUGGGUUGAAAUGGUUCAAAACUAAUGAAGGACUUGAUUUCCGAAUUGAACCUCGUACCUACGAACCAAGUGACAUUAAUUGGAAGAAUUAUGCAGUGACGAGUAAGCAAAGAGGUGUUCGAGUUGGUUUUGUGAAUAUUGCUCUUCUCAUUUUGUUGCUCUUUUUCACAAGUCCUCUUGCUAUUGUGUCUGCAAUUCAAACAAUUGCAAACAGAAUUCCAGAAGCUGCUGCUGCAUUCAAUCAAUUGAAACAAGCAAGUGGAUACACUGGAGAUUUACUUUUCCACUAUUUACCAACUCUAUUACUCUUCUUAGUGACACAAUUAUUGCCAAUGACUAUUCCAAUAUUAACUUCAUUGGAGAAAUAUAAGGCCUACUCCCAAGAGUCUCGAGUUUACCUAUUGAGAUUAUUUAUUUACUUGAUUUUGUCAACAUUGGUACUUCCAGUUUGUUUGUUGACAUCAUUGGAUGGUAUUUUACGUUAUUUCCAAACAGAAGGAAGUGGAGAAGAUUGGAGAACAUUGUUCGAUCGAUUAUUUUUACCUCAAUCAGGUGCCUUCUUCUUGAACUAUGUCAUUCAGUAUGCAUUAUUAGGAUGUUUUGUUGACAUUAUUCGAAUGAAAGAUCUCAUCAAAUAUUUCUAUUUGAGAUUUAAGAGUGUGACUGAGGAAGAAAAGGAACAAGCAACCACCAUUGCUGAAUUUGACCUUCCUCUCGAAUAUGGAUAUUUAACCAGUUACUUUGGAAUUUUAUUGACCUUUUCUGUAUUCGUUCCACUUGUUUUACCUGUUGGAUUUUUCUACUUUUUAGUCAAGCAUAUUGUGGAUCGAUACAAUAUUUCAAGAUUGUGCUCAAAGAAUGAUCGAGCUCGAUUCAAAAUCUCACCAGACAUAACUUCCUACCGAGAGAGAAACAAGAUGGUUGUACAAAAAACCUUUGCAUGUCUCAUCCUUGCUCAAAUUUACAUUACUCUAUUCUUUGCCAAGACUGGUGAUGUGACUUAUAUUCAUCUCUUCCUCAUGUCUCUCAUAUUGAUAUUGAGUGUGGUGUAUUGCUUUUAUUGGACAGCUUCUUACAGGACUACAUUUGUACCCUCUGCCUCUUCAGCAACAACAACUUCUCAAGACACGAGUGGCUUUUCCUUCUUGAGUUUGAAUAGUGGAAGUGAGAGUACUUCUCUCAUUGAGGGUGCUUUUUAUAGUGAAGAGGAAGAACUUGCCAUCUUCUCCUCACAAUUAGACAAGUUCAGUGAAUGUUAUUUUCCACCUCAUGCUUUGCAAGGAAUGUCUGGGUUGAGAGAACAAAAGGAAGAGGAGAUGAAACAACACUUGAAUCAAAUUCAACUAUGA